GCUGGCCCUUUGGCGCCCUCGCGCAGCAUGAACGGCUUUGCGCUCCACUGGGUGUUCCGCAUCUCCAGGCUGCAGCCCUCGCUGAAGUUCCUGAAGGACGUCUUCGGCAUGCGGGUGCUGCGGCACGAGGAGAACUCCGCCGCCUGAGGCAUCACCUGCAACGGCCCCUUCAAGACCGCCUGGAGCAAGACCAUGGUCGGGUAUGAUCUGGAGGACAAGGCCUACUGCAUGGAGCUGACGUUCAACUACGGCCUGAACUCCUACAAGGCCGGGACUGGCCUCAGGGAGUUCGGGCUCUUCGUGCCGGACGUGGAGGCCGCCGUGGCGACCGCGAAGGGCCUGGGCUACGCGGUGCAGGGUGGGGCCAUCACUGGGCCCGACGGCUACACCUUCCGGCCGCUGCCGCUGCCCGCCGGCCGCGGGGAGAAGUUCCUCUACACGUCCUCUGCCGGGUCAGGGACGUCGCGGCGGCCUCCAAGUUCUACAGGGACUUCCUCGGCAUGUCGGACGCGGCGGUGCCCUCCCUGCCCAGCAUGCCCGCCAAGGCGGCCGCGGUCAGCUACACCUCCGCCGCGCACCCGCACAGUGGGGAGCUGGUGCUGCUCGUCUUCUACGAGGACAGGACCGCACCGGC